ACAUGAAGUUUCUCUGGAAAUUAUUGAAAAGGAAGAUAGAACGAGCUGCUUAAGAGAGAUUCAAAACUAUAGACUGCAAGACUGGGGCCAGAAGGCUGGCAGUGGAAAACUCUGUUGGGUUGUGAUUUGUCACUGAAAAGUCCCAGCUGCCUUUUUCCUUCUUGCAAAAGAAGGGAAGAGAAAGAGAAGGAGAAGACCAUGUCCAUUGCUUUAAAGCAGGUUUUCAACAAGGACAAGACCUUCCGCCCCAAGAGGAAAUUUGAACCUGGCACGCAAAGGUUUGAGCUUCACAAACGGGCGCAAGCAUCCCUUAACUCAGGUGUAGAUCUGAAGGCAGCUGUGCAGCUGCCCAGCGGGGAAGACCAGAAUGAUUGGGUGGCGGUGCAUGUGGUAGACUUUUUUAAUCGGAUCAACCUUAUCUAUGGGACCAUCUGUGAGUUCUGCACGGAGCACACCUGUCCUGUGAUGUCUGGAGGUCCCAAAUAUGAGUAUCGGUGGCAGGAUGAUCUCAAGUAUAAGAAGCCAACUGCACUGCCAGCUCCCCAGUACAUGAACCUUCUUAUGGAUUGGAUUGAGGUCCAGAUCAACAAUGAGGAAAUAUUUCCAACAUGCGUAGGUGUUCCCUUCCCAAAGAACUUCCUUCAGAUCUGCAAGAAGAUCCUUUGUCGCCUUUUUCGGGUCUUUGUCCAUGUCUACAUUCACCACUUCGACCGAGUCAUUGUGAUGGGUGCAGAGGCCCAUGUCAACACUUGCUACAAACACUUCUAUUACUUUGUCACAGAGAUGAAUCUCAUUGACCGCAAGGAGCUAGAGCCUUUGAAAGAGAUGACCAGCAGGAUGUGUCAUUAACAGCCUAUCUCAGCCUUUGGAAGAAAAAGGAGAGCUGCUUCCUCCCAGAUUCCCAUGUGGACAGAAGACCUUCGGGCAGAAGUGGCCCUCUUCCUACCCGGAGCAUAUGGAGACAAGCAGUGACUCCUGAGAGACAUUCCCCACUCAUUUUGUGUGCUCUUAACCCUCUGAGUGCUGCUAGCCAAGACCCGUGGAGCCGGUUAACCCGGCGAGAGCAUCAACUCCUGACUAAGGAGAAAACCUUGGCACUUAGCCAUUGGGCACCUUUUUGCCUGUGACCUGCCGCUUAAGCUUUACUGGAAUUCGGGUCCUGAGACUGAAAUUCUUACCUGCCUUGUCAGUUGGCUGAUUCCUGUAAUAUGUUUUCUAAGUGCCGAAUGAAUUUUGGAAGUCUGUCUGUGCAGCAAGCUUUCCUGUAACAAAUCUAUCCUGAGCUCU